AUGUCCGACGACCAGGACCACCAACAAGAGGAGGAAGCCUUCGACAUCGAGGCACUUCUCGACAGCGUCCAGGACCAUGACGGAUACCACCCGACCUCAAAGACACCCUCCUUCUUCUACAAUUCUACCCAGGUCAUCAACGACAUCAAACACCUCGCCUCAUUCCCCGUCGUGGGCGAACCAGAGCUCGACCUCCGAGCCCGUUGGGGUCUCCAAAUGAACCUCGAGAACCACAUCGGAAAAUACCAAUAUCAAUCGUACCUUCUUGACCCCUUCUUGGAGGAGAUGAUCUCCCCAUUGAUUGCUCCGCUCCGCAAGGUCAUGCACGACGUCACUUUUGGCGACCUCAAGGGUCAACCCAUGAACGAGCAUGGUGAUCUUAUCUUUUACAUCGUCAACUUUAUCUGCAAGACCCGUGGCUACAAGACCAUCGUCAAGUUCUUGCCCCACGAGGUCGCAGAUUUGGAACCCGCGUUCGAGUUCUUGCAGAGACAGGAUAAGCGCAGAGUGUGGGAGACGCGUUACGUUCUCUUGAUCUGGCUCUCGCUCAUGUGUAUGAUUCCCUUUGACCUCAAGACCAUUGACAGCCAGGCCACCAAGGAUAGCGACAAGAUCCCAUUGGUGGACAAGAUGAUCGAGAAAGGAAAGGCGUACCUCCAUUGCGCGGGAAAGGAUCGUGAUGGAGCCUCGCUCUUCCUGGCACGUCUUCUCACACGCAAGGAUACCUGCCGUGUCUACCUCCCUGAGUUUGUCCAUUGGGCCAAGGAUUCCCUUCAGUCAGAGACUCCCAAUUUGAUCGAGUCCAUAGGUAUCUUAGGAACUCUCUGCUGGAUCUUCAAGCUGGGCCAGCGUGAGGUGCUCUUGCCCAUUGCUGACCAGUUGGAGGAGCUUUUGGUUGGUAUUGAGACCAAAGAGAGUUUGAUGUCCAACUCUGCGGUCAAAAAGCAUAUCGUUAAGCUUUCGCAGCGUGUUGGCUUGUGUCUGUUGAAGCCCCGAGUUGCUGCUUGGAGAUAUCAGCGUGGCAACCGUUCGCUGGUUAGUAACUUGACCCCUGACGCAGUCAAACAGGGAGGAGGAGCUGGCAAGAUGGACAAGGUGUCGAUGACCAUUGCGGACGAGGACGAGGAAGAUGAGAACUUUGAUGUUCCUGAUGCGGUCGAAAAUGUCAUUGAGCGUCUCAUGAACGGCCUCCGCGAUCGAGACACGAUUGUGCGUUGGUCGGCAGCAAAGGGAAUGGGAAGAUUGAGUAAUCGUUUGCCCAAGGAGAUGGCUGACGAUGUUGUCGGUGGGAUCUUUGAGCUCUUCUCCGAGGAUGUCUUUGAGCUUCCCAACGGUGAACCCGACAUUUCAUCCGUCUCAGAGCACACCUGGCACGGCGCCUGUUUGGCUAUUGCCGAGCUGUCGCGUCGUGGACUUUUGUUGCCUCACCGUCUGACUGAAGUCAUUCCCUGGAUCAUCUUGGCGCUCAAGUUUGAUGUCAAGCGUGGUGCUCAUUCUGUCGGAAGCAAUGUCCGUGACUCGGCCUGUUACGUCUGCUGGUCGUUUGCUCGAGCUUAUACCCCUGACGUUCUGGAUGUUCAUGUCCGCAAGUUGUCGAACACCUUGAUUGCAGUCUCUGUUUUUGAUCGCGAUAUCAAUAUUCGUCGUGCCAGUAGUGCUGCAUUCCAGGAGAAUGUCGGACGCAUGGGCAUCUUUCCUCAUGGCAUCGAUAUCGUUACGGUAGCCGACUACUUUUCGAUCGGAAACAUCAACAACUCCUUCCUGAACGUCGCGCCUUACAUCGCUGGGUUUGAGGAGUACAGACGCUACCUUUCAGAGCAUCUCGUGGAUGUUGUCAUUACUCACUGGGAUAUUGCUGUCCGUGAAGUCGCCGCUGAGUCUAUGGCCCGCAUCGCCGUCCUUGAUCUCGACUUUGCCUGCAGCACUAUCAUCCCCGCCCUCACAAAGAACGCGACUAGCUUGGACUCAAUUAUCCGUCAUGGUGCUUUGAUUGCGCUCGGAAGGACAUGCAAGGCCGUCAAGGCGCACUCUGAUAUCCCUGUCGAGGAGAGAAUCGCACCUGAAGUUCUCCAGGCAAUCACGCAAGUGGUUUCCUCGACACCAGAGUUCACACUGUCCGGUUUCGGAAGUGAGCAAACUCGUCAGGCACUCUGCGUUUUCAUCACCUGCCUCUCAGAGGCAGCCUGGCCACUGGGUGACAGUGCCAACCAAGCUACUGUGUUGGAAUCAUGGAAGAGUGUCAUUUACACCACCUUGGAGCGUGUCGAGGAACCUCUGCAGAAGCUUGCCUCGAGGACUUUCCGCGCCAUGUUUGGUCAAUACGGUAUUACCGCGACAGAGUUUGAGCAGUGUUUGGCAAGAAUUCGUCCUGGAGCAGAGUAUCUGGGCCAGCGUGGAUUUGCAUUGGCGUUGGGAGAGAUUGAUUACAGGGUUGAGAGGUAUUCUGGAUACGCUACCAGGAUCGUGGAGUCGCUGGAUGUUACGGCCAACCAUAACCCCGUAGCUGCUGGAGGAGCCGAGGUUAAGCUUGAUGCCGAGUCCAGGAGGAAUGCUAUUAAUUCUGUCACCAAUAUCGUCAGGGUCCUAGGUGCCGAUUAUAAGCAAGUGAUCUCACACUCAUUGUCAAACAAGAUUCUUCAGAUGUAUUUCAGAGGACUCGAGGAUUACAGUGUCGACCACCGCGGAGACGUCGGUUCCUGGAUCCGUGAGGCGAGCAUGCAGGGACUUCAAACAAUGGUCCCGAUCGUCGCCCGAUGUGACCACCACCUUACUCCAUCCCAAGCAGAUCAGCGCUACCUCACGGACGAGGACCAUACCAAGGUUCUCGCCAAGCUUUUGCAGCAAUCAGUUGAGAAGAUUGAUCGUAUCCGUGGUGCCGCAGCCACAGCCAUGGUCGCCAUCUUGUACGCUGAGGUUGAUCCCGAGGCCGAAACUGCUCCUGCUGUUGUUGUUGUUGGAAAGGGCGAAAGUGAAGAAGAAAAGGGUCUGAGGAGGGAACCCGAGUAUGUGUUGAGGAUUCCUCAUCGUGCAGAGGUGAUGAAGAUUGUUGAGAAGUCAGAUGAAAUGAACUUGAUCUGGUUGCAGGCUUCGGAGGUCUAUGCUCGAAUUGUGCAGCUGUUGCAUUUGCCUGAGUACCGGUCUGAGCUACUUUUGGGCUUUGUUAUUAGUGCCGGUGGACUUACCGAAACCUUGGUCCGCCACUCGAGUUCAUGCUUGACAGAAUUCAUCUCCGACCUCCCAAUCACCACCAACGACAUCAUGGAUGUAGACGGUACUCCCUCCACCCCAACCAUGACCCUCGUGGAAUUCGCGAACGAGAUCCAAAAAAUCAUUGACCGCUACGAGGGACAAGACCGUCUCGUCAUCCCGCUCCUAGAAGUCCUCGACCUCCUCUUCGAAUCCGGCAUCCUUCUCCUCCUCACCCACCCCACCGAUUUCGAUUUUGCCCCCAUGGUCAAAUUCGUCCGUCGCCAAACCAUCAAAUGCAAGGACACCCGCAAGCUCUGCGCAGCCAUUCGCACAUUCUGUGGAUUGUGCGGAUUGGGUGGCAAGAUCCGGAAUGCGAUUUUAUUGGAGUUGCUGAGGUUGUUGGUGCAUCCUUUCCCAAAGAUUCGGAGGACGACUGCAGAUUCGAUGUAUUUGAUGUUGAGUGGAUCGGUAGAGGAGCCGACGAAGGAGACGGAGGAAGUUGGGAAGGUGUUGGUGGAUACGGAUUGGAAUUUGGCGGUGACCGCGUUGACGCCGGUGAGGGAUCGGUUGUACCCGCUUUUGGGGUUGGAGAAACCUAAGGCUGUUCCUGCUGGGCUCCCUCGCAAGUAG